AUGGCUCGCACACUGUCUCCGCAAUCAGUCGUCACCUCUUUCGUGCGAUGGAUCCGCCUCAAGAAUUACCAGUAUGAAGUCACAUUUGCACUGUACAUGCUCACGCCGACAGAGAAGUUAAUCUUCACCGCAUACAUCUACCUCCCCGAUCACGUCGCUGCCAUCUACGGCCGCAUCCGCUACUACCUGGCGGGGGACACUUCGCUCAUUUCCGAAUAUAUUCCAACAGCGAGUUCCAUCCUUAAAAGUAGCGGCACCAGCAGCCUCGGGGUUGUUUACGAGACGGCCAGAGGCUCUCCCACGACGGCUGUGAAGACCAUUGCAGAGCUGUGA